AUGGAAGAGUCUCUCGAUGACAGUGACCAGGUAGUCGCUGAUGACAGCGACACUCCGUGGUUUCAAGACCCCGCUCGCUCCAAGCCAUUCACGCUUUUUAAAACUCUUGACUUCGUUGAGGAAUGUUACUGCACUGCGCUCUUUCCAUGGUCUGAACAGUCUUUGGGUGCCCUGUGGUAUGGCGAGAAGGACAAAGAACUGCAGGACGGGCCAUGGGUACAAAUGAUUUCCGAUUGGUCUGGGGCCCUCGCGAUCGGAACUCUGGACUCUCUACUAGUUAUCCCACUGAGCGCGUCGAGGCCACGCAAAGGCCUCUCAGUGUUUGUACCAAAACAAGAACAGAACACACCCGUAAUGGCCGUGGGCUGGGCUCUACCUUUUGAGGCACCACUGGAACCUCUUAUUGUCUUCUCAGCGGGCAGUAUCAUUUACAUCCUGAACCCAGUGAAAGGCGAGAUCAUCGGCCACUUGCGUGGACAUGGUGGGCCGAUCACAUCCAUAGUCAUUCACCCUACGCAUCCCUAUUUAUUCUGCACCACUUCAAGGGAUUUUACAACACGCAUAUAUGAUUUGACAUUGUCCCCGCAACAGGGCCCUGACAAUCCUUGCUGGCCACCAUCCAAAGUCUCCAGCCUAGGCGGAGCCCCCCAUGGACUGCAAGCUAGCGAGCCCGAGGGUAUGGGCGUAGGCCGAUGCGUUAGUGUUCUUUGUGGUGGUCCGUCAGGUGGUCAUGAGGCUGCCGUUCUGAGCGCUGCAUUCCAUCCAACGCAUCCUCUGAUCGCAACGUGUGGGCUAGAUCGGGCUGUGAAGAUUUGGAAUUUUUCAGCGUCACCUUCCAAUCAACUUGCUCGUGAAGACAAACCUCUUUUCAGCAGCAGUCGGAUUCACAAGGCGCGCGUCAUCUCCGUCAGUUGGCUUAGCACCGACACUUUAAUAACUCAUAGCGCACCCGCUCUCAUGAGACACCGUGGUCGCAAGGAUGAUAUAUACUACGAAGAUGGAACUAUGACAAUUUUCCGGUGGAUUGGAUUCGAUAGAUUUUUUCCUGCAGGACAAGAGAUUGGGAGGGUGUUGAGGGGUUGCUCAUCAGAUUAUCAUGAAAGCUCAUCAUUUACACUGAUCUCGACGUCCUCGUUGCCCCAACAGACUCGACACGUUCAUGUCACCCAGACGUUUACAAGUGACUACAUACUUGCAUUGUCUCUUCCUGACAGUGUCCGUUUGUACAACGUCGCAAACUUCCACCCCCGCGUGAUAGCGCCAGACCCACCUGAGCGUGAACCACCGGAACGUGACAUUGAAUCUGAAUUCAAAAAUGUACGUCUGGACGAUGAAGAGGAAGAGGAAGAUCAACCAAUUACAACAUUCUUCGGGAAAUCACCCGAACCACAGAGAUGGGAGGUUCUAGUUCCUGGUGCGCAGGGAAGCGUGCAAGCUAGUGUGCUCGGCUUUGGAGGACAGUUGCUGGUCACACUUGGGAAACGUAGGGUUUGCAUCUGGAGAGAAAUGCUAAGAUAA